AUGAGCGCCCCCACUGUGCCGACCAAAGCCACCAUCCAAGGAUCGUAUCGAUCCACCUCGACCUUGCGAACGUACCAAACGUACCAACGGCAGUUUGUUCAGUACUGCAAGCAACUGCCCGGUGUGGACCCGCAGACAGCCACACCUAGCGUCAGCACGGGUUUCUUCCACCGACAGUCUUAUUUCUUUUGA